CCUACUUCCGCAGCAAACUUUCAAUACCUGGACUUCUGUCGACAAUCUCUUUCCGCAUUACACUCAAUUUCUCAGCUCGACUUCUUCCAUUUCGACAAUGCCUUCCUUCAAGCAUGAGGUUGAGUUGGAAGUGUCUGCCGCCACCAUGUGGGCAGCCAUGAAGGACCAGAACGAGAUCUUCCCCAAGAUCAUGCCGGAGGCAGUUAGCAGCAUUGAGAUUGUGGAGGGUGAAGGAGGCCCAGGAUCCGUCCGCCUUGUCAAGUUCGGACCAAUGGUUCCGGAAGGUGGAUUCGUGAAGGAGCGCAUCGUGAGCCUGGACAUCGAAGGCUUCUCCGUUGUGUCCGAGGAGGUCGAAGGAGGACACUUGGUGCAGUUCGGAUUCACCAAGUGGGUGCAGACUCUGAAGUUGAUCUCCACCGGGAACAACUCAUCGAAACUGGUCAUCUCUGCCGAGUUUGAAGGUGCAUCAGAAGAGAACGCAGCGAAGUCCGGUGAAAUCACGAAGCAAGGACUCACCCACACUUUCAAGGCACUAGAGCAAUACGUGAAGAGCAAAGCUUGAUUCGAGAGUCAUCGAUUUCUGAUAUCGUAUGUUCUAUUGAUCUCUCGAUUGAACCAUCCACCGGAGUGCAGAUCAGACAUGUAACGAGGUUACAGGUAUUUCUCCAGGAGUGAAUGUGAGGUUUUCUUAGACUCUGGCUGGGCUGACAAACGAAUGCAGUCCGUAUCCAGACCCGAGGUAAUAUGUUGCAGGAACUAUAAGCAUAAGAGUAUCUGAAGCAUAUCGAUCAAUGACUCGACUGGGUACAUAGAAUACAAGGACAGGAAUUUAGAGCGUUGGUCGAUGACAAAGUGCUUAGCUUGCCCCUGUGAAAUUCAAACCACGGCUUGUGAAAAAAUAGGAUAUCACUGUAAAGUUAUGUUUGUUUAUGCCUUUCAAUAAACUGCAUGCUGGAUAUUCAAGUG